GGAGAAGAACACGUUGCUGGAAAAAAACGAAGUUUGGUCCCUCGUCAUUUGUCUAUAAACGGCUUUUCUGCUCUGUUUUCUUCACAGCGGGGCUACAGGAGCAGAAGAGGGCUCCACAGGUGCUAGCGUCCGUCAUCCCGGCCCUCCAUCAUGGCGGAUAAGAACACCAGGAUCGCCAUCGUCAACCACGACAAAUGCAAACCCAAGAAAUGCCGUCAGGAGUGCAAGAAGAGCUGCCCAGUGGUCCGGAUGGGUAAGCUGUGCAUCGAGGUGACUCCACAGAGCAAGAUCGCCUGGAUCUCAGAGUCUCUGUGUAUAGGAUGCGGCAUCUGCAUCAAGAAAUGCCCGUUUGGAGCGCUGUCCAUCGUCAACCUGCCCAGUAACCUGGAGAAGGAAACCACACACAGAUACUGCGCCAACUCCUUCAAACUGCACAGGCUGCCCAUCCCGAGGCCCGGGGAGGUUCUGGGGCUGGUGGGGACCAAUGGUAUCGGGAAGUCCACGGCUCUGAAGAUCCUGGCUGGAAAACAGAAACCCAACCUGGGCAAGUACGAUAACCCUCCAGACUGGCAGGAGAUCUUGACCUACUUCAGAGGCUCGGAGCUGCAGAACUACUUCACCAAAAUCCUGGAGGAUGACCUGCGAGCCAUCGUGAAGCCGCAGUACGUCGACCAGAUCCCAAAGACGGUCAAGGGGUCGGUAGGAGCCAUCCUGAGCAGGAAGGACGACACCGACACCCAGGACAUCGUCUGCGACCAGCUCGAUCUGAGCCACCUGCGAGAGAGAAACGUGGAGGAUUUAUCUGGAGGGGAGCUGCAGAGGUUCGCCUGCGCCGUGGUCUGCAUCCAGAGAGCCGACAUUUCAGAGUUGUGUAGUGACUGUGUGUGUGUGUGUGUUCAGGGCAGUGUCAGAGCUCUGCUGCAUGAGAAGAUCAGAGACGCCUACACUCAUCCUCAGUUCAUCACUGACGUCAUGAAGCCACUGCAGAUCGAGAGCAUCAUCGACCAGGACGUCCAGAACCUGUCUGGAGGCGAGCUGCAGAGAGUCGCCCUCACUUUGUGUUUGGGGAAGCCGGCCGACGUCUACCUGAUCGACGAACCCUCGGCGUACCUGGACUCGGAGCAGAGGCUGAUGGCUGCCAGGGUCAUCAAGAGGUACAUCCUCCACGCCAAGAAGACGGCCUUCGUGGUGGAGCACGACUUCAUCAUGGCCACCUACCUGGCCGACAGAGUCAUCGUGUUCGACGGAAUUCCCUCCAAGAAGACAUCAGCAAACACGCCUCAGAGUCUGCUGGCCGGGAUGAACCGGUUCCUGUCGCUGCUGGAAAUCACGUUCAGAAGAGACCCAAACAACUUCAGGCCACGAAUCAACAAACUCAACUCCAUCAAGGACACGGAGCAGAAGAAGAGCGGAAACUACUUCUUCCUGGACGACUAGGACGACCUCCUGCGACUUGGUGACAUUUACAGCCGGAAACGACACGAGUUCCACCAUCAGCCUCCAUGUACCGGGCUCCAUGUAGCGGGCUGCGUUCACUAGCCAGCGUUGUUGUGACAUGUUGACAUAAUAAAGUGCAUUCUGUCCGUGGGCCGCUGGGCUCGCCGGCAGCCACAUCCUGGAACAUCCAGCAGCCUGUUCUAACUCAUGCAUUUAAGUGAUAAUAAACUGAUGCUUCCUCACA